CGCUUUGGCUGCAAAUAGCUGCAAAUGUGCUUUUAUUUUGUUCUUAUUUUUUUUAUUUUUUUUGUUCACGUCACAUGAGUGAUCACGGGAUGGUUUGGUCUGUCGAAACACGGGGAGCCGUCUGAGGAAUAAUGGCUAUUCGACAUUAUUAGGGUGCAGUUCCGGAGCAGUCCGGCUGUAGCAGCAGUCUCGUUGCCGCAAACAACGAUGGCUGACGCAUUGAAGGAGAGUCUCCGCUCUAAGAUUUACUGUGCGGCUCGCGAGGGUCUCCCGGUGACUCUGUUUGCCCUGCUGGCCAGUGUUCCGAAAUGCGACUACCGUGAUUAUCUAGGUGCUCUGAUGGUAGACAAGGAACAAAAAUGCACGCCGCUUCUCAUCGCUGCCCGCAACGGACAUCGGCAGGUGGUGCAGACAUUGCUAGAAAACUUCGGUUCCUCGGUCGGACUGGAACAGGAGGGCACCGUCCAAUUCGACGGAUACGUCAUCGAAGGCGCAACUCCUCUGUGGUGCGCGGCUGGUGCAGGGCACCUGGACAUAGUCCGCAUACUCGUCCUGCGCGGUGCCGACGUGAACCACCCGACGCGCACGGUAUCGACGCCGUUGCGAGCAGCCAGUUUCGAUGGGCGGCUGGACAUUGUUCGCUUCCUCGUGGAGCACGGUGCCGACAUCCACCUGGCCAAUAAGUACAACAAUACUUGUCUCAUGAUCGCCGCCUACAAGGGCCACUUGGACGUUGUGCGCUACUUACUGUCGCGAGGCGCCGACCCCAACGUGCAGGCGCUCUGCGGUGCGACAGCGCUACAGUUCGCUGCUGAGCACGGACACCUGGACAUAGUGCGCGAGCUUUUGGAUGCCAACGCCCGCGUGCUGGCUAACGGGAUCGGCAUGACGCCGUUGCUGGCCGCCGCAGAGCGCACGAAGGCCGAAGUGGUGGAGUAUCUCGUGAAGCAGCCGUGGUGCACGCGCCGUGAGAAGAUCGACGCACUCGAACUGCUAGGCGCGUCGUUCGCGAACGACAAGGACAACUACAGCCUGGAGCGAGCUUUCCGCUUCCUCGAGCUGGCGAUGCGGGAGCGCGAGCGCGAGCCCCGGCUGCCUAAGGAGCGCGGCCCAGUGGUGGCCGCGUACGACUCUCGCGUCGAGUGCGCUACGCUCGACGAACUGUACAGCAUCAGGGACGACGCGCACGCCCUGCACAUGGAGUCCCUGGUGAUCCGCGAGCGCAUCCUGGGACCGCACAACCCUGAGCUGCCGCACCCCGUUGUCUACAGGGGCGCAGUGUUUGCUGACAGUGCAGCGUUUGAUCGCUGCUUGCAACUAUGGCUGCAUGCUCUUCGGCUGCGAUCAGCUGCCAGGCUUCCUCUGCGCAAGGACCUACUGCGGUUUGCCCAAGUUUUCAGCCAGAUGCUGCAUGUCGGAGUCGAAGUGCCACCAGGAGCAGUCGCCCAGAUAUUGUCAGCGGCCAUUCACGAGCUGGAGUCUGGUUCAGAUGAGGACAAUGAUGCCAAUAUGCUGACUUCCCUGUACCUGUUGGUAGUGGUCGGCAAGCUCCAUUUCAUUUCGGCUAGUCAGGAGCACGAGCUGAUGAGGCUCAUCUACCGCCUUGUCCAGUUGGGCCGGGUGACUAGAGAUGGAUGCACGCUGUUGCACCUGUGUGUGAGCGCUGACACACCUGUGGACGAUUUCCACACCAAGAACAUCUGCCACUUCCCAUGCACUGACACCACUCGGCUGCUGCUUCGUUGUGGUGCCGAUCCGAAUGCAGUUGAUGCCAGGCGCAACACGCCCCUACAUGCCAUUGUCACCUACCAGAAGCCAAUCAGUGACUUUCUUACACUGCACUCUAUCAUUGUGGCCCUCAUCGAGGCAGGAGUGCAUGCAGAUGCAACUAACGCACGUGGAGAGACAGCAGCGGAAGCAGCUACAACGGGUGUUGCAGAGGUGAUCCUCCGUACUCAGACCCAAGUGACUCUGCGCUGCCUGGCCGCACGUGCUGUGGCCAAGUAUGGACUGAGUUAUCGGGCAGGCGAGAUCCCGCGGUCUCUAGUCCAGUUCGUGGAAAUGCACGGUGGUCGAACGAGGCCCCUUCCACGGCCUGGGGCUGACUGAGCACCACGGGGGGGCUACAUGGUUUGAAAGUUUUGAAAAAAGAAAGAAAUAUACACUAUGAGGUGAACAUAUACACUAUGAGGCAUGUUGUUUGUAAGACAGAACAUCUGCUACUGCUUACCUCAUAUUAAAUUUAGCACCACUUAUCACUUUCCAUUCUGUUCUGUCCUCGAUGAUCAUUUCACUUCACGACAAAGUGGUCCAGGUUUUUCAUGUAUACCCGGUGUUGAAUAGGGCUUGUUGAAGCAGCAGCUGUGUGGUGUAGCUGUGUUGCUAAAAGCUUAGUUAUGUGAAGUGACAACUUUUACCAAUGCAGCUAGCGGUGCAAAUAUGCAACAUCAAAAUGCUGGACUGUUACCUGGCGCGAAGAUUGGUUAAACCUAGCUUGGCUCACCAGAUAUUUAUCAAGACUGGUAUACUGCCACUAGCACAUUUGUGUGUUUCAAGUCAGCUAAAUCGCCUUCUAGAUCUGUUCUCGAGCUGCAAAGGUAUUUUAGUACUCCGAACUCCAAUAUAAGUAACAACACUGUGAUGCCUACAUAAUAGACAGCCCUUCAUAGGCUCUUGUUUAUUCUCAUAAUAUACAUGUUAUAUUUUCCUGCUAUUGUUAAGGGUAUCACCCACUCUUUGAAGUGAAACUUGGGUGGCUUAAAUGUCAUAGGCAUGAGGCAGGAAGGUGGUGCCUCUUUUCUGUGCAUAAUAUAGUUAUAUUUCACAUGUGCUUCUUUCUUUUGUAAUUUUUGUCCAUUUCACAUAUUAAACCAGUGAUGCAGAGUAUUUAUUUCCUCACUGUUGAACAAGGCAGAAAGAUUAUUUUUUCAGUGUGUUAGUUAUUUAUUCUAUUUUAUUGCUGAAUGUAAGCCACAUGUUGCUGGCCAAUCAAAUGGUAGUUUACCUUCAUCUUUCCUUCACUUUUCUUUUUUUUUAAGUCUUUUGGUGUGUGCUGGAUUUUUGUUGGGUCCCUGUGAUUUUGUUUGUGUUUAACAGGCAUUGGGAUGCUGUUUAUAUUUCUGUCUAAUCCGAUUUUCAGUUUGAUUGUGAUGUUCAUUUGGUUCGAAUGCAUUGCAACAUGUAUGCUGGUGUGAUGCCCAAAAAGUUGUCGCUUCAUCAAGCUUCUUUUGUGGUAUGUAAUGUGUGGUAAUUAAAGAUUGGAUGCUUAGCAGCUGUUAACAUUGAUUUCAAAAUAUUUAUUGCUGUAAUUAAACAAUGAAAUCUCA